AAUGAAAUGCCCAGCAGUGGUGUCACACGUGGCAUCCUCACACAACAACUGCAGCGUCCUCCAGGCUCCUCCUGCUUCCUUGUUUUGGGCUUGGCGUCCAUGUUUCUCGUACGAACAAAGGGCACUCUUAAGAGACUCGCAACUUACAAGACCAGUAUCGAUAAAAAUAACUCAGUCUGCCCUCAGUAGAUUUCUAGUUUCCACCACAGGGUCAGUAGGGUAUCCCGCCCAUCCUCGAGAUCAUUGUAGAGCGUGGCGAGUUUGUAGAGCAACGAUCGGUUUUUGGUGCUCCACGUAUUCUGAAAGCUUGGGGAAGCCCUCCACAAAAUCUGGAACCCCCGUUUUUGAGGAGACGUUGCUUAUAUAACUGGUCUCUCUCUCUCGGAGGCAAGGGAGGAAGUCAGUUCGUUCGUGAAUGUUCUACAUAGCUCGCAAACUGAGCUCUGCGGUUGCGCACAACCUCCCAAUCCCGCAUAUUCGCUCCGAAGAGUCAACGACGCCUCCUAACUUGCCCGCUCGUGAAGCGGAAGAUUCAAAGCACACCAGUACGCUCUCAACGGCAUCCUCACGCUCCGGCUCUCCGUUGCGAAACACGGUCGUGCCGCCUUCCGUAGUCCUCCCAUAUAUCCCAAGUUACACUCCAACUCCUCCACCAGCAAUAUCUCGCAACAUGUCGACAGCCACAUACUCGAACGGCGUAAAGGCCGAAUUCCCGGGGCGGACCGAGGCCAAGACAGGUUACUCACCACCUCAAGACACGCAGGGCUUGUCUGCCGAUAGCUUCCUGGAGGCCAGCGCGUAUGCUGCCCGUGCACGCAGAUUAGUGAAGAUGGUGAACGUCAUGCGCGAUGCGGGAGCGCACAUGGAUCUGGAUCUCCCAACGAUCGUGGUCUGCGGAAAUCAGAGCGUGGGAAAAAGUAGUGUCCUCGAAGCGCUUUGUGGUGUCGUUCUCCCACGGAAUGAAGGCACAUGUACGCGAUGUGUGACAGAAGUGCGGAUGAGCGAGAACGAUACCACAGCCAGCGAUCUUGCUACCGAGUGGAAUUGCACUGUGAAGUUACGAUACGAGUACGACUCUAUGGGUCGACCAUUGAAGGCGGUCAAAGAGAUCCCCUUUGGAACCGAACUGCAUAAGAAAGAAGACGUGGAGCUGAUCGUCCGACGCGCACAGAAAGCCCUCCUGAACCCCUCAACGAACGUCACACAGUUUCUGCAAUACAACUUUGAUGACUCGACAGCAAGCACACGGGAUGCGGAAGCUGCCAAAAACGAACUUAGGUUCUCGAAGAAUGUGAUUUGUCUAGAUAUCCGUGGGGCCGGUGUCAAUUUGACGCUCAUCGACCUGCCUGGAAUCAUUCGGUCUGUUGAUAAACGGGAGGACGCACAAUACAUCGAUAUGGUACAGGAUCUUGUCCGGCUGUAUAUCAGCAAAGAGAGGGCGAUUAUUGUGGCAGCCAUCACUUGCAAGGAUGAGAUCGACAACCAGGCAAUCGUCCACAUGGCAAAGGAAGUGGAUCCACACGGCAUGAGAACCCUCGGUGUCCUCACAAAGCCCGACACAAUAGAAGCCGGCACGCACGACAGAUGGUUGCAGGUCAUGUUAGGUCAUCAGUACAACCUCAAACUCGGAUACUGGAUGAUCAAGAAUCCGUCGAAAGCGGAUCUCGACCGUAACAUAACUUUCGACGAGGCCAGGAAAAUGGAAGAGGCCUUCUUCUCCGGCCAGGCGCCAUGGUCUACGAUUCGGAGACAGCUGGAUCGGUUUGGAAUCGACUCUUUGCGGAGAGAGCUCAGUCGUCAGUUGACGAUGCUGACGGAGAUGUCGAUACCCGAUAUGCAGAGUCGGACGGAGGAGGCAAUACAGGCUACCGUUGUGGAGCUGAACAAUCUGCCGCCAUCCCUCGGCGAGAACUCCCGAAUCGAGCUCCUGCAGAUGGUGCGGCAUUUCUGUACGCUCGUCAACUACAACGUCACUGCGCACCAAGACUUCAAGCAGUUCUAUCAGCAAAUACGGAAACACUUUGACGUGUUCCGUGAAGCAGUGGCUAGCACGAGACCACAGUUUGCGAUGAGUCACGGCAAAGGAGGUGUGGCACCAGCGACGGCUAUCGCCUCCCUAUCCACGUCGAUCUCAUCGUCCAUCUCAUCCGUGGUAGGGUGGGGAACGGGGUUCGACCCACGCCGCGCUGAGAUACCCGGGAACAAACAAGCAAAGAAAGAAUCCGGCCCGGUACCAGAAGCCACGGAAGUGGAUUCGAAGAAGCCUAUUACCGUCCACGAUGUGCGGCGGAUCAUCGAUGCACAAAAGGGACGGGAGCUCCAGGGAUACUCUGCGUAUGAUGCGUUCACAUAUGUAGUCUCGAUGUUCCAAGAGGAGUGGGCGAAGGACGGGCAGAUGUGUUUAGCCGCCGUCAAUCAUGAGCUGCAUACGCUGAUUGGGAAGCUGACCGACGAUGUGUUUGGACGGUUCGCCAACCUGCAAGGCCAAGUCAGAUUCGUCAUCCAAGCCUUUCAAAACGAGCUCUACCGCUCCACAUCGGAAGUCGUAAACAACCUCGUCACCAUGGAACGUCGCUACCCAUUCACAAUGGGCUCCGACGAAUUCACCCGCACAAAAUCCAACGCGCUCCACGAGUUCCGAGCCCAGCUCGAAGCCGCACGCAACGGUCACCUUUCAAACGCAUCCGGCGCGACCAGCAACGGAGCAGUCGCAUCCUCCUCAUCCUCAAACGCAUCAGGCCAGCCGCCCAAAGUCGAGACAGUAAACAAAGCCCUCGCCGCGUUGGCGGAAGCAGGGUUCACCGGUCUCUCCGCCCGCGACCUCACCCGUCUACGCUCCGAAACCCCCGAAGACGACGAAGUCCUGCACGUCAUGGCGGCCUCACACGCCUACUUCCGCGUCGCCUGCCGUCGGUUCAGCGACAAUGUACCCAUGAACGUCGAUUUUCACUUCAUGUCCCGGUUUUCGGAUCUGCUGGAGAAGGAGCUGGUCGCGCGGUUGGGGAUCUUGGAGAAGGAUAACGCCGCGGUGGAUUUCAUGCUGCAGGAGAACAGAUUUGUGGCGGAGCGGAGACGCGCAUUGGAGGAUCAAAGAACGAGGCUCGAGGCUGUUUGGAGGAGUUUGCACGAGUUUGGAUAUUGAAGGGUGUCGCCGUCGUCUUUGGGGAUGGGGUUUCGAGUAGUGUGGAUUCACAUAAAGAGGCUGUAGCAUAGCAUUCGUUCUGCACGCAGUGUUUACCCGAGUUUCCUUCCCUUGAAAAGUGAUUUUCUGCAUCUUCAUUUGGAUACAUA